GGGAAAGCCCGAACUUGGCACGGAGGAAGUGGAAACCAAGCGGUGGCCAUGGCGGACAGCAAUCUUGGUGUCCAGGAGCUGCCCGACGAGGUCCUAACGGAGAUCCUCGCCCGGCUGCCGGCCAAGUCGGCGGGGCGCUUCCGCUGCGUGUCCCGCGCGUGGUCGGCCAUGCUCUCGUCGGACUACUUCGUCGACCUCCACGCGCGGCGGGCCAACAGGCCGGACCACCCCAGGCUGCUCCUCACCGCGGUUGGGUCCUCCUACGACAGCUACUUGUAUUCAUGGCAGCCCGGAGGUGCGGUCGAGAAGCUCAUGCCCGACGAAUUCGGGGGAGGGGUAACCGUGCCUCUCACCAAGCCCUGCCGGGGCCUCGUUCUAGUCCGGGCCACUAACAAUGGCGGUUAUUUCGUCUUCAAUCCUUCCACUGGUGAGGCCUUAGCUCUUCCCGACAGCGAAAAGCCAUUGAAGAUGAAGUUGCGCGUGGGAAUUUCAAGAUGGCCUAAACCCAAGCUGCCGUUCUACGUAAGGGUAUCAUACGGCCUUGGUUACUGCACAUUGAGGAAGGAGUAUAAAGUAGUACGCUUGUUCUCCAAUCGUCAAGCUGGAGGUGGAGAUGAUGAAAUUGCGCCUGCAAGAACCGAGGUCUUCGUCCUCAACACGCCUGGUUACUGGAGGCCUAGUGCUGAAAACCCUCCUCCGUGCACCGUGAAGGAGAAGAACCCAGCUGUCUUCUUAAACGGGUACCUGCACUUUCUAUGCUUUGAUGGUGGCAUCACCACCUUCAACAUCAGCGAUGAGACCUUGGGUUCGUUGCUGCCACCACCAGAUUUUGAGAAUGUGGCGUCUGUGCUGACAGAGCUGGAUGGGUGUUUGUGUCUUUGUUAUGGAGAGCCGGAUAGUGAAGAUCCUAUUCAUUUAUGUGUGCUGAGAGAUUACGAGGAAGCCCGGUGGGAGAAGUUAUGCUGUAUUGAUCGAACUGCUUGGACAGAAUCUGAGCGCAUGCUGCUGGACUCGCUCUGGAUUGCUCCAAUUGGUAUAUAUAAUUACUCAGGCGGUGGACGAAAGAUCAUGUUUGGGACAGGUUCUUGCAAGGUGUUUGCAGUAGACCCUGAUGGUGGCGACCCAGAGAUUUUAUUGACACCAGAGGAUACCAUGGUUGGAAGUUGUGAGGAUGACCAUGUACCAACGUCUGUUCUAUUAGAGGAGAGCCUCGUGCCCGUGGGCGUAUCAAUUGAGGACAUGGUCUUCUCAUCGCCAACAACUGAAGCUUGGUUUGACAUCCUCAAGUGGCUGCCGACACGUUCUGUUUUGGAGCUAAGAUUAGUUUGCAGGGAGUGGCGUGGAAUGAUCAUGACUGAUUGCUUUACCCAAUCACAUGUUAUCCAUGCAAACUUGAAAAGGAGCCCAUGGAUUAAGUUCAUCGUGGAUCCUCGCUUCGGUCACUAUAUGGAUCUGGAUGACAGCCUCGGGAUCUGUCAAUAUGAACUAUUACCACACCUUGAUCUUGUAUGUUCCCAGCCUUGCCAUGGCCUCAAUGUUGGGAGCUGCUCAUUCUGGGAUUUCGUAUGCAAUCCUGCAAUAGGUUAUUGUAAGCACAUACAGUUUGAUGAUAACGAUGGUACAUUUUUCGCUGGUCGCAUUGGGUUGGGGUACGACACAGAGAUUGAGAAGCAUGUCAUGGUGCAUAUUACCUACGAAGAGAAGAACCUGGAAACGAGACAUUAUAAACUGCAGUGCAAAAUGAAGUAUGUGGAUGACUGCGAAUGGGAUCCAAUAGAUCCUCCUCCUAGACCAGUAGCUGGCAUACCGCCGACCUUCGUCAACGGCAAGAUUUACUGGAUGGUAGACCCUAAUCUUGGACCAGUCUCUGCAAGAUGCGAAAUUGUCGCAUUCAAUGUCAACACAGAGGAAUUCGAAGUCCUGCAAGGUCCACCGUGGACCCAUGGUAGUGGGCAUAUGACCAUCCUCGAGCUUCAAGGAGCACUUUGUAUUUCUUAUUCAGACCAGAGCAGGAACACGGUCGACCUGUGGAUGAUGAAAGAUGACGGUAUCUGGUUAAUGGAGUAUCAUAUAGUGCUUGACAAGUUAGAGGGGAACGCUGCACCAUUGGCUGUUGAUCCAACAGAUGGAUGGAUUUUACUCAACACUGGUUGGUCACUGGGCUACUAUGACCCCAGGACAUCAGCAUUUGAGACCAUCUACACCAAGCGCUUUCCGGACUUAAAGUUCUAUCCCAUUAUCUGCCAUGAAAGUUUAGUCUGCCCGCUAAAAUAGGUACACUCCUACUUUGAUCUUCUUGGACUGUUCUUAAAUCUUAUACAUUUGUUUGAAUGGAGCAUUAAGAAAGCUUAGUAGAGCAUUUGUACAAGAAAAUGUUUACGCCUGGAUGUUUAUGUCACGAGUCAUGGAACCUUGACUAUAGUUUCCUUAGCAUAUGUCGAGCACUCGUAUCCUUUUUGAAAGGAUCAUGUUAAAACUCAGCUAUUCUGCAUUCACAGAUUGCUGAUAUAGGUUAUCACGGAACCUAACUUUAUUUGUAUUUUGAGUUUCUAAAGUAUGAACGAAAUAGUUCAGUAUUUUGGUUGUAUCUUUGUAUGAAAGGAGCAUGUAAUAUUAACUCAGCUCUUCUGAGGCAAGGUAAAAAUGAGUCUAUUUUGUGAUGAAACCUAUCUUUAUCUGCAUUACAGACAGUAUGAAUGAGUGGUCAAUAUUUUGGUUGUAUGAGCUCUAGCAGUUUCAGUACUUCUGAGAUUCAUUAGU